UCCAGCACGAGUUUUUAGGGCAAAGCACUUCCCUGUGGUUCGUCAUAGAACGUGCUGCUAGCCCUUUGUGAUACCACCUAGCGAUACCACCUAGCUCGUGGCCCUUGCGAUACCACCCUUGCGAUACCACCCAUUCGUGGCCCUUGCGAUACCACCUAGCUCGUGCUGCUAGUCUCCGUUUUUCGUGACUCUGGUGCGUUCUUUUCAUCUUGGCCCUACACGUUCCCAUUCCGAAGGACCUAGAAAAGGAACGGCAAUAAGGAGCCGCUCCCUUCGUCAGCAGCAGGUGCUCUAAGAUAUGCAGAAUAGUUGCGGAACCGGCACGACGAGAAGAAGCGGCGCUUUUCGUAGUAGCUGUCAAAGCGGCGAGUCGCAUAGGGGAGACGGCGGUCUGGAUCCGGACGACCGAUCCCUCCUCUGGCGUUUCGAAACGGCGAAUCGCAGAGCGCGAAAGGCAAACGAGCCGAAACGACUCGCUUGGGAACGACGACGGUAGCGAACUGUAGCGAAACGAUCGUGGGAGAAAAACAGUCGACGAGCGUUAAGGGGGAACGGGUCGAAGGGACGAACAGCCGGAGAGGGGAGGGCGAGAAGCAGGAAAAGGGGAGCGAGGAGCGGCAUUCAGCGGCAAAUGGCGGGAGAUGACGAGCUACCAGCCGGCAUACUAGGUACAGCAGUACGAUCCGCCGCUUCGCCGGCAACUAUGGCUUCUGCGGCGGGAAACGGGACCAUGGGUGCUGCGAAGUCCGCAGCAACAGGCUCUUCUGUUGUAGAAGCUAAGACAAUGGCGCGUACGUCGGCCCCAGCAGCAAUACCAGCAUCGGGAGGAGGUCUAGGUACAGCCGCUAAUUCCGCCGCCGCCGCCGCUGCUGCUGCGCCAGCAAUCCCCUUAUUAACGGCGUCACCCUCCCCAUCGUCCUCAUCAGCAUCCACGUCAGCGUCCGCCUCGCCUUCCCCCUCCCCUUCCCCUUCCCCCAUACCUUCCCCUUCCGCCCGCUCCGCCGCCUGGAUGCCCCGCUCCGCCUCCGCCGCGCCCAUCGUCCACUCCACCCCGCCGCUUCCGCGGCCUCCCCCGCCCCAUCCGCUGCAGCGGGAGUCUUUCGCGGAGCACCUGGCGGAAGAGCCCUCGCCGCCCUCGCCGCCUCCGCCGCUUUACCCCUUCGGCGCAGCGCAAGCGCCGGGCGUGUUGACGUUCGUCUGCGAAACGCCACGUGGCUUCGCGGGGAGGCAGGAGGUGAAGGGGUGGGACGCGCAAGGGAACGUGCAACUCGGGCGGUACAUGUACUUCCCCAAGGAAACGCCGUGGCAUUACGGGUUCUUACCCCAGACCUGUGGCGGAAGCGGCGGCGGCGCCAGCGGCGGCGGCGGCGGUGGCGGAGGGGGAGAGGUGGAGCGGGUGGCUAUGAUGCGACGCGGGUACAGCGUCGACGGUCAUAAUUAUUCCCUCUUAGACGUGCAGUCAGGCGAGCCAAUACCGAGUCGCGGGAAAAACCAGAACCAGAACCAGAUCCAAUACCAGUAUCCGAAUCAGCACCACGGGAACUCCUCGCACCACUACCAUCACCUGCCGCAGUCCCCCUCCCAGUCGCAGCACCUGUCGCACACCCAGUCGCAGCAGUCGUCGCAAUCGCAGUCGCCGUCGCAGUCGCAGUCGCAGUCGCAGUCGCAGUCGCAGUCGCAGUCGCAGUCGCAAUCGUCGUCGCAGGGCCCCCUGUCGCCUCUCCUCCUCGGGUGCCCGUUAGAAGUCCUAGAUAUCGGAUCCGCGAAACGCAAAGUCGGAGAGUCGUACCCCGUGCGCGUGCUCGCGGCGCUCUGCGUGAUGGAGGGGACACGUCAGCCGCGGCCGUCGUGGAAGAUCGUGACGAUCGCGGCGACGGAUCCGAUGGCGGAUCUGAUGACACGUGUCUCGGAAGUGAGCAAGGGCGGCGGCACGCUCGGGGAUGUGCUGCGAGACGUGCACAGCGAUCUAAAGGCGCUGGUGAACUCGAAAGCAGACCUCCCUCGCUCGCAGGACCAGGCUAUGGGGGUAGACGGCGCAACCAGCAUAGUCUCCCAAGCACACGCCAAAUGGACCGAGUUUCUCGCCACACGGGAGCGCCUACUCCCUCUCCAAAACAACCUCUCCCUCUCCUCCCCUUCCGCCUCCGCUGCCCCGAGCCUCUCCCCCUCCGCCCUCCCCUCCCCUUCCUUCUCCACCACUUCCCUCUCCGCGUUCUCUUCUUUCCGCUCAUCCUCUCUCUCGCUCCGCUCCCCUGCAUCCGUUCUCUUCCCCCGAAGCCAGUCGGUUAUGGCUGGGGGGGUGACAGCAAUAGGGGAAGGGGAAGGUGGGGAGGGGGGAGGUGUAAACGGCCCAGGGGUUGGGGGAGGAGGGGUAGGAGGAGGGGAAGGAGGAGGAGUGGUGGGAGGAUAUAGAGAGCACCAGCAUGGAAAGCGGAGGCAGCAUCAGCAUCGGUUUAUGGCAAGUGCGAGCACCAGCAGCAGCAGUGGCAGCGGUGGCAGCAGCAGCGGGAGUGGGGGGAGCCGCCUGGCCGAAGAAUUGGCGUUAUCCGGACUAGACACUGCUGCUGGUGCUGCUGCUGGCAAUGAUACUGUUACUGGGCACAGCAUAGCACGGGAAACUAGAGGAGGAGGAGCAGGAGUAGUUGCAGGAGGAGGAGCAGGAGCAGGAGCAGGGACAGGAGGAUCGGGCCAUGGGGUGGCAGCAUCGGCACAGCCUGACGACAUUCUAGACGCCAUGCCUCCUGGCAUGCGCUUUGCUGCGCUCAGGAGCUUCAGUGGCCCGCUCGUACCCCAUGCAAGGAAACGCUCUCAGCGCGGGGCUGCUGCUGCCGCCUUGGGAAUCGAUGAACCCUCCUCUGCUGCCAAAGGGAGCGGCAGUGGCAGUGGCAGUGGCAGUGGCAGUGGCAGUGGCAGUGGCAGUGGCAGUGGCAGUGGCAGUGGCAGUGGCAGUGGCAGUGGCAGUGGCAGUGGCAGUGGCAGUGGCAGUGGCAGUGGCAGUGGCAGUGGCAGUGGCAGUGGCAGUGGCAGUGGCAGUGGCAGUGGCAGUGGCAGUGGCAGUGGCAGUGGCAGUGGCAGUGGCAGUGGCAGUGGCAGUGGCAGUGGCAGUGGCAGUGGCAGUGGCAGUGGCAGUGGCAGUGGCAGUGGCAGUGGCAGUGGCAGUGGCAGUGGCAGUGGUGGUAGCAGCAGUGUGAACGGUGCAAGCAGGGGUGUCAGCCGUUCGAGGGCAGGAGGGGGGAACACGGAGGAGGGGAGCAUGGGGGGGCAUUCAAGCUCUAGCUCUGGCUACUCCAGAAUGCCUGGUGCUGCUUCUUCUACUGAUGCUGCUGCUGCUGCUAAUGCUUCUAGUGGUGCCGCUGGUAGUGCUUCUGCUGAUGCUGCUCGCCUUGCCCCGGGCAAUCCCAGCGCUGCUGCUGCUGCUGCUGCUGCUGCUGAAUCCCUUAGUCCAGGACGGCACUCCACUCUGGGUCCGGCCAGCAGCAGCUACAAGCAUCAGCACAGCCACAGCCAUGACAACACAAUCCGCAGCAGCAACAGCAGCAGCAGUAACACCAGCACCACCAGCACCAGCACCAAGGGCGGCGGCAGCAGCAGCAGCAACAGCCAGGGCAGCAAGAGCCCUCAUGGGAUGAGUUUCCGCAUGCGAGCGGCGUCGAAGCUGCAAGUGGCUAUCUCUUUCCGCUCCCUGCGCUCCCUCUCCCGACUCGCGCUCUCCCCAAGAGGCCCCCCUCCCACUCCACCCCAACCCCCCAGUCCGCCCUCCUCAGUUCAUCGCACCACACCCCUUGCCGCUGCUGCUGGUACAGCUACUGCCGCUGCUACUGGUGGUGGUGGUGGCGCUGCUGGUGGUGCUGCUGCCGUUGGUGCUGCUGCUGGUGCUGCUGGUCUUGGAUUCCCACCACUCCUGCAUGCAGCAUCCUCGCCCCCCCCUCUCCCCCCUCUUGUCCCCCACUCCCCAGCUUCGGGCGCAGUAGGACGAGCAGGAGGAGGAGGGUCCGGGCAAGGAGAUAGAGAAUCAUUCUCAGCAGCACCAGGAGAAAAAUCCUCUCUCUCCUCUCCUGCCGCUGCGGUCCCAGUAACCCCGCGCUCAUCCCACACGGAUGCCUACCUUGCGUCCCCCACCACCCCCUCCUCCUUCUCCUGCCCGGCCUCCUCCCCUCGCUCCCUCCCCCCCACGUCCCCCCUCUCCUGCCGCCGUCGCCACGCCCGCUGGCCGAAGCACUGGGACUCUCCUCAUGUGGAAACAAUACAUAGGAGCUCUGCUGCUCGAUCCACCACACUUUCGGCAGAAGGAGCAGCAGCCACUGCCACUGCUGCUGCUGCGGCUGCUGCCACAGCUGCUGCCGCAGGGGUGGCUGUAGGGUCUUCUCCAAGGGCGUAUUCAGGUACUACCCUGGGGGGGUUUGCUGCGAGCACCAGCUGUGGCAGUGGCGGUGGCGGUGUUGCCGUGGGGCCCAGCGGAUUGGGUGGUGGAGGAAGAGCGAGAGGAAGCAGUGUAGGAGGAACUUUGAACUCAGGUGUUUACACACCACCGGCACACAUGACACAGGCCACAGUGUCUUCUCCUUCUUUCACGGUCGCCGGGAAUGGCACUCGAGGUGCGGGAGAGGAGGUUGACUCGGCCCACUCCCUGUCCCCAGUUGCAGUUGAAUUCAGCCAAGCUGGAUCUGCUAGUGCAGGCAACGGGAGCCGGUUGCGAGCUUCGACGGAAACACCAGCAGAAGCAGCAACAGCAGCAGCAGCACCUGCUCCAGCGGCGGCUGCUCCAGCCAAAGGGGACAGCAGUACCACAUCUACAAGUGUAGAGAGGGCAGCAGCAGCAGCAGCAAAAGCAGCAGCAGCAGCCGCAGCAGCACCAAUUGAAACAACAGCAGGCAUGUUGGGGAGAGGGGGCGGAAAGCCAGGUCUGCCUCCUGUCCCAACCUCUCCCCUCGCCCUCCACCGCCCCCCUGCUCUCAGAAUCCAACCCGGUGGGGAGAAUUGAUUUGAAGCACAAGGAAGAGGAAGAAGGGUUGGGUACUUUGCUCAAGUGCAGAGGCAUGCCAGCGAUUACAGCAUAGUCCAAAGUCAAGCUUCGAAGUUGACCUGAAAGCCAAGGGUUUGGAAGCACAAAAAAGGGGGCAGGAUUGGAGGCCUUGUGCAAGACAUCUGGAUUCCGGAGACACCCGACGAGCUGGAUUCGCCACCCAAGUCUCCCAGUUUCUCGUGCUGCACUCAUUCCUUGCGUUCUAUUGUCCCUCUCAGUCUCACAUCCUUUCCUCGUUCUGUCUCUCUCUUACUCUCAUCUCAAUAUGUCUCUCUCGUUCUGUUUUCCCCUCGCUCUCUCACACGCUCUCUCCCUCUCGAUUUUCUCCCUGCUUUUUCGCCUCAUUUUCUUUUCCGUUGUGCUCCACACUGGGCACAAAAACCAUUCAGUGCCCAACCAUAGUGCUCUUUUUCCUUGAGCUUGUCGUCCUCUAUUUUCCUGCAUCAGACGAAGCACUUUGCAGGUCAUACAUGUCUGAAACUAGGAUCUAGGUAGGAGGAGCCAUGGAUAUGGCGAAAGGUUUUAGGCUAGGAAAGUUGGUGAGAAAAGAGAAUUAGGAAAGAAGAGGGGGAUACAAGGAGGGGUGUUGUACCCCCUACAGUAA